AUGUUGACAAAAAGCGUGUUUAUUAGUUUCGUUUUAGCAGCCAUUUUGGUUGCCUUUCAAGAGUGCUAUAGCGAUGCAAGAACCUAUCCUCCGUGGCAUGGUUUUGUUCAAACAAAGGGAACUCAUUUUGUGUUGGAUGGGAGGCCAUCGUAUUUCAAUGGUUUCAAUGCUUACUGGUUGAUGUACCAGGCUGCCGAUCCCUCUACAAAGAACAUGGUGACCACUACCUUCGAACAAGCUUCCAAGCAUGGGAUGAACGUCGCAAGAACUUGGGCUUUUAGUGAUGGUGGUUAUAGACCCUUGCAGGUGUCUCCUGGGGUCUACAACGAGGAAAUGUUUAAGGGGCUGGAUUUUGUGUUGUCGGAGGCCAAGAAACAUGGAGUUUAUUUGAUACUAACCUUUGUUAACAAUUGGGAAGGUUUUGGAGGGAAAAGACAGUAUGUUCAAUGGGCAAGAGACAAGGGCCAAUACGUGAACAACGAAGACGACUUUUUCAGUAACUCUGUUAUUAAAGGCUACUAUAAAAACCAUAUCAAGUCCGUGGUCACGAGAGUCAAUUCCAUAACUGGCGUGGCAUAUAAAGAUGAUCCUACCAUAUUUGCAUGGGAGCUAAUGAAUGAACCCCGUUGUCAAUCCAACCUCUCUGGAAAACCUCUUCAGGAUUGGGUCGAGGAAAUGUCGGCUUAUGUCAAAUCCAUGGACAAGAAUCAUCUUUUAGAAGUUGGGCUUGAAGGAUUUUAUGGAGAAUCAAUCUCUGAUAGGAAACAAUUCAAUCCUGGUUACCAAGUUGGCACCGACUUCAUUUCUAACAAUCGUAUUGCCAACGUCGAUUUUGCUACAAUCCAUCUAUACCCUGAUCAAUGGGUAUCUGGCUCAAACGAACAGGCUCAAGCUGAGUUCGUAGAGAAAUGGCUCCAAUCACAUAUAGAAGACUCGAAAUCAGUACUCCGGAAACCCAUCAUGUUGACUGAGUUCGGGAAGUCUUCAAGAUCGGGGGGCUACAGUGUUGCUGCUCGGGACUCCUACUUCGGGAAUAUAUUCGGUGAAAUCUAUAGUUGUGCAAGAAGCGGAGGUCCAUGUGGUGGUGCCCUGUUUUGGCAAAUAAUGGCUCAGGGAAUGGAAAACUGGAGCGAUGGUUAUGAAGUCGUCCUGGAACAAAGCCCUUCGACUGCUGGAGUCAUUGAUCAACAAUCUCGACGCAUCUCUUCUCUUAAUAAUUAG